CGCGGAUUUCUUCAGUUCAAUCAAAGCCCUGGUAUUAAUAAUUUGGGUUCAAUCAGAUAUGAGAUAGCCUUAAGUUUAUUUGCCGUUUACAUUAUUUGCUAUUUCAGUCUUUGGAAAGGAAUCAGUACUUCGGGUACAGUCGUUUGGUUUACAGCUCUGUUUCCAUAUUUGGUAUUGUUCAUGUUGUUGAUCCGGGGCAUAAUGUUACCAGGGUCAUUGGAUGGCAUUAAGUACUACCUGACGCCGGACUUCAACGCUCUGUACAACGCGAAUGUAUGGGUAGACGCGGCCACUCAAGUCUUCUUCUCGUUGGGUCCGGGCUUUGGAGUCCUGCUGGCGUUCGCCAGUUAUAACCAGUUCCACAACAACGUGCACAGGGAUGCACUCCUUACCAGUGCUGUCAACAGUUUUACAAGUUUUUUGGCUGGUUUUGUCAUCUUUGCAGUACUCGGAUAUAUGGCUCAUCGCAUGAAAGUGGAUGUGAAGGAUGUAGCGGCUGAGGGUCCGGGACUUGUAUUCAUUGUAUAUCCGGAAGCCAUCUCUACAAUGCCGGGCGGACCCGUUUGGUCCGUCAUAUUCUUCCUAAUGCUUCUCACUUUAGGACUCGACAGCUCCGAUACAUUCAAUCUGGGACUUGUAUUCAUUGUAUAUCCGGAAGCCAUCUCUACAAUGCCGGGCGGACCCGUUUGGUCCGUCAUAUUCUUCCUAAUGCUUCUCACUUUAGGACUCGACAGCUCCUUCGGUGGGAGUGAAGCCAUAAUAACAGCCCUAAGCGAUGAAUACCCGAUCAUUAAGAGGAACAGAGAGUGGUUCGUUGCCAUCCUUUUCUCGCUGUAUUUUCUGGUGGGACUCCUUAGUUGUACUCAAGGUGGUGCAUAUGUGGUCAACCUUUUGGAUCGUUUUGCAGCCGGAUAUUCCAUAUUAUUUGCGGUUCUCUUUGAAGCCAUUUCUGUUUCGUGGAUAUAUGGUGUCAGACGUUUUUCAAAGGACAUCAAAUCAAUGUUGGGCUUUGAGAUCUCAAUUUGGUGGAAGUUUUGUUGGGGGUUUGUCGCCCCUUUCUUUAUUAUGUUCAUUAUAUUUUAUGGUUUAGUUAACUUCGAGCCCUUAAAGUAUGAUCAGUAUGAAUACCCCCUAUGGGCUAAUGUGUUGGGAUGUUGUAUCGCUGCCUCAUCAGUCAUUUGCAUACCAGUGAUGGCUCGCAUUAAGACGCUCACGACUCCCUGGGAAGACUCACAAGAGGCCAACGCAUUGAACAUCUCACAGACCAUUAAAAACAAUACUAUUGUAAAUAGGAAGUCCAGUGCUGAGCUGGCUCAACCAACUGAUGUA